AUGGCCGGGUUGAACUAUGUCACCUUCAACCAGGACCACAGCUUGCUGGCUGUCGCAACCACGCGCGGUCUGCGCGUGUACACCACCGACCCGUUCGAGCUCACCAACCAUUCGUUCGAGGAGGACAUCUCGCUGGUCGAGCAGCUCUUCUCCACGUCCCUGGUCGCCAUGAUCCUCACCCCGCGAUUACUCCGCAUUGUCAACACCAAACGAUCGCAGAAGCACUCGACAAUAUGCGAACUCACAUUCCACGGCAUGGUCGUGGCCGCCAAGAUGAACAGGAAGCGCCUGGUGGUCAUGCUGGAGGAGAUGGUCUUCAUCUACGAUAUUAGCAACAUGAAGAUGCUGCAUCAACAACCGAUACCCCUCAACACCGCGGGGAUAUGCGCUGUCUCGCCGAAUUCAGAGAACAACUACCUCGCGAUACCGCACUACCAAAAGACGUCCCAGAAUCAGGCGGCACCAUCGCACGUCCCAAAAUCGGUUAUAAAAGAGUCGAUAAGUGGAGAUGUAUUGCUGUACGAUCUUAACAAGAUGGAGGAAGUCACUGUGAUCCAGGCGCAUCAGACACCAAUGUCGUAUAUCGCCAUCAACAACGACGGCACUCUCAUGGCGACAUCCUCUGAGAAAGGCACGGUGAUCAGGAUAUUCUCAACACCAGACGGGAAGAAGCUGUAUCAGUUCCGGAGGGGCAGCAUGCCGGCGAGGAUAUACAGCAUGAGCUUCAACGCGGCCUCAACCUUACUCUGUGUAUCGUCAGCGACCGAGACAGUGCACGUUUUCAAGCUGGCGCCUCCUAGCGGGCAACACAACGGCAACGCCGCACGACCACUGUCACCUCCCUCAUCACCCCGAAAGUCGUCCUUCUCCGGCCGCGACCGGAGUGAGAGUCCUUCUCUAUCCGAGGAUCAGGACAACGCCGAUGUAGAAGGCGACCCUACCGCAUUGGCGAAUGCCCGGCAACCUCGACAGGCAGGCUUCAUGUCUCUUGUGAGGAGGACAUCGCAGAAUGUCUCGUCCUCUUUCGUGAGCAGGGCAGCGGGCUACCUUCCCUCAUCAGUCACCGAGAUGUGGGAGCCGCAAAGAGACUUUGCAUGGGUACGAGUUCCAAGGGGAGCUAAUGGCCACCCUGUGCGGAGCGUUGUGGCAAUGGCAAACAACACCCCUCACGUCAUGGUUGCAACCAACGAAGGAGAUUUCUACGUGUACAGUAUCGAUUUGGAAAAGGGCGGGGAUGGCACGUUGGUGAAGCGGUUUGACGAGAUCCACGGCCUGAAAUAUCGACGAAGCGGUACGGACUUUGACGAAUAG